UGGACCCGCGCGGGGCCGCCCGCCGCGGGCUCGGGGCCAGCCAUGCGCCCGCCGCGCCCGCCGCCGGCCCCCUGGCUCUGCGUGCUGUUCGGCGCCCUGGCCUGCGCCCGCGGGCCCUCGGGCGGCCUGGCCGCGGGGCUGCAGCGGGAGGAGUGCAUCUACCUGAAGACCAUCGAGGAGCAGCACCAGCAGUGCCUGGAGGAGGCCAAGCUGGAGAACGAGACGGAAGGCUGCGGCAAGAUGUGGGACAAUCUCACCUGCUGGCCAGCCACCCCCCGGAGCCAAGUGGUUGUCUUGCCCUGCCCCCCCAUCUUUAAAAUCUUCUCCUCCAUUGAAGGCCGCAACGUGAGCCGCACCUGUACCGACAAGGGCUGGGCGGACCUGGAGCCCGGUCCCUACCCCGAGGCCUGUGGCUUGGAGGACAGGGAUCUGGACGAGCACCAGACCGUGUUCUACAGCUCGGUGAAGACCGGCUACACCGUCGGUUACAGCCUGUCCCUGGCCGCCCUCGUGAUCGCCAUGACCAUCUUGACCCUGUUCAGGAAGCUGCACUGCACGCGGAACUACAUCCACAUGCACCUCUUCAUCUCCUUCAUCCUGAGGGCUGUGGCCGUCUUCAUCAAAGACUUCGCCCUCUUCGACAGCGGCCAGACGGACCACUGCGAGGGCUCGGUGGGCUGUAAAGCAGCCGUGGUCCUGUUCCAGUACUGUGUCAUGGCCAACUACUUCUGGCUGCUGGUGGAGGGCCUCUACCUGUACACCCUGCUUGCCGUCUCCUUCUUCUCCGAGCGGAAGUACUUCUGGGGGUACAUACUCAUCGGCUGGGGGGUACCCAGCACAUUCACCAUGAUAUGGACCAUCGUCAGGAUCCAUUUUGAGAAUUAUGGAUGCUGGGACACCAUCGACUCUCCACUGUGGUGGAUCAUAAAGGCCCCCAUCCUCGCCUCCAUCUUGGUGAACUUCAUCCUCUUCAUUUGCAUCAUCCGAAUCCUAGUUCAGAAACUCCGGCCCCCAGAAGUUAUGAAGAGCAACAGCAGCCCGUACUCGGCCUCCCUCUGGAAGCCCACCAGAAGCCCAUCACCACAGAAACGGCCAGACACAGUGUCCAGGGGCCAGAGCGAUAAUGCAGCGGCCCCCAGGGUCCCAUUUUCUGUAUCCCCCACCAGAACCCAGGCUGGGCCCUGUGGUAGCCACAUCUGUGGGCCCCGCCCCCAUCGUCUGCUCUUCCCUGCCCCCAGGAGACUGGCCAAGUCCACGCUUCUGCUCAUCCCCCUGUUUGGAGUGCACUACAUCAUGUUCGCCUUCUUCCCUGACGACUUUAAGCCCGAGGUGAAAAUGGUCUUUGAGCUCGUCAUGGGGUCCUUCCAGGGCUUUGUGGUGGCCAUCCUCUACUGCUUCCUCAACGGCGAGGUGCAAGGGGAGCUGCGGAGGAAGUGGCGGCGCUGGCACCUGCAGGGCAUCCUGGGACUGGCCCCCCGCUACCAGCACGCGGGCAGCAGCAGCAACGCCACGUGCAGCACGCAGGUGUCCAUGCUGACCCGCGUCAGCCCCGACGCCCGGCGCUCCUCCAGCUUCCAGGCCGAGGUCUCCGUGGUCUGAGCACCAGGCGCGCAGGAGCCCAGCGCGGCCCCGUGUCCACCCACACCCAGCUACCCACCCAGUCCGGGAACACAGUCAGCCGCGGCCCUGGCCCCGUCCGGAGGGUCCCGGAGGACGCUGCCUUCGCGCCUGCCCGCGCGGGGACAGGCGUGGAGAAGACGUGGGCCAGUGCUGAGCGCUCCUACCCGAGGCCAGGACAAGCUGGUCAGUUAGCUCCGAGGCUGAUGGACCGGCUUUGCACGCGGGAGGCCCAGAUUCGAUCCUGGGCUCUGCGUGGAGCGGAGGCACCCCCAAGCCGGGAGUAGCCCCUGAGCACCACUGGCUGUGGCCCAAACACAGGACAAAUCGGGCUUGGGCCCCCGAGCCCGGCCUCCGUCCGUGGAGAGCGAGAAAUCUGCACCACCGACCGGACUCUGCCCCUCCGUCUGUGUGUCCCAGCCCGAGGGAGGAGGCCGCCGCUCCACCCAAGCACUGUGCGCAGGAGCAGAGUGUGAUCCGAGGGGGCCAGGGCUUGCCCGAAAGCUCACCCCCUGCCACCAUGACAGUGCCUAGGGUUCCACGCUGCGUGUCCCUUCCUCCCGGAGCAAUCCUUGCUGGAGGCAAGUCUCCCACUCGGAACCACCCCUCCACCCCCCGCCCCCCCCCCUCGUUGCAGAUCACAGGUGUGACUGGGCAUCUUCCAGUCCCCGCCGACGGAGAGCACAUCCUGGGGAGUGCUCCCAGGAUGGCUGGAGGCCCUAGAAGACACUGCGCCAGCUCCACCAGCCCAGCUGCUGGGGGGGAGGGGUCUCCUCACAGCCCACCCGCUAUGAGAGCCAGGCCUGGACUACUCACCCAUGGGUCCCCCACAGCAGCCAGCAAGGUGCUCGUGCAGAGAAUGGGCAUAAACCUCGCCUUGGCACACAGACACGAUGUGAACCCUCAUCUGGCUGAUGGGGGCAGAAGAAGCACAGACUCAGAACCUUUUGUAUGUCCUAACCAAUGGGUCCUUAGGGAGGGGGUUGCUCCCCGCUGACACUGUUGUUGCUCCCUGUGCGCCCCCUCCCACCCCACCCCACCCCUGGAGUGUGGCUGAGGAGGCCUCCAGCCCACCUGUCACCUGGACGCCAGCCUGGUGGGCACAGCUUCCGGUGCCUGCCCAGUGCCCCCGCAGCCUGGAGGCUUUGUCCCCACCCCAGCCCAACCCCCACCACCCCAGCCCAACCCUCACCACCCCACCGCACCCCUGCAGGACCGCCUCCAGGCUCACGCCACAAUAAACAAACGCUUGGGCUGGUUUGGGCUGAGCUGGUGUCCCUGGUGUGCAUCUUCCCCUGGGACCUACAAUGGGGACCAGCUUCCGCCUUCUGGAAGGCCAUCGAAGGAUCUGAAACAUCAAGGUGAAGUUGCUGUGACCGUUCCUCCGGCAUGAGCUGGGGGUCCGGCACUGAGGGACAUAGAGUACUCAGGGUCUUCUACUGGCCCUGUCCAUAGAGGGGCAUAAAGCCACACCAGGUCAGGGCUCUGCAGAUAGGACAGCGGGUGAAGCUCUGGCCUUAUGCUCCGACCAUAGAGCCAGGAGUAAGGCCCCAAGCAAGAAGAGAAAAAAAAAUCAAAUUAGAUUUCACCAGAUCCUCAGCGAGUGCUCACAGCCCACACUGGCCCGGAGCAGGCGGUUCUGGUCGCUGGUCAGAACAAGGCAUUGCUGGCGCUGUGCAUACGCGUGCCCAGACUAGGGCCCUGGAGGUAUCUCACAGACCCACAUCUUCCUCCACACGGGCCCACGGGGGUGAGGUGGCUAUGCUGGCUGGCACUGCCCAGCCUUCAGCUGAGGGGGAGGCAGAGACUUUAUGUUACAAAAAUAAGUGAGUGGAGACAAUAGGCCUAAUAGAAGGUUUUAGACACAGAGGCAGGAAGACAAAACAGCUGACUUCAGGAGGUCAGGGAUGUUGCCCCAAGCCCUCAGAGGUGCUCUGGGGCUCCUCUGCCAGAAAACUCAGAAAUUGGACACGCUGUGGGCCCACUUGAGUUUGCCAGGCUGGCCGGAAGCAGCCUGGGAUGACGAGCAGGGAAGGUCCCCUCUGUAGCCAGGCUCAAACGAGCCUAUAGUCAAGUGGCAGCCAACCCUGGCGCCCGCAGAGGCCCCAGUGCAGAGUGGACUGGACAGUAGAGGGAGAUGUGAUCCUGGGUGGGGGGCCAGCGCCCCCAGGAGGAGCCCACUCUCCAUUGGUUCAUGCCCCACAGCAGCCCGGGCCUGGUCAGUGGAGGAGAAAGUCCACAGUGAGCCAGAGCUGGCCUUGAGCAUUCCAGGUCUGCCUGAGAGAGGGGUGGAAACUGGUCUGGGGGUGAGGUUGCAGGGGCUUUGUCAUUUUCUGAGUCUGGCAUCCCUGAUACUCCAAGACUUGAGGGAUGAGAGAUGGGGGACCGUGUCCUUCUCACUGGAUUAGGCCAGCCCUCUCCCUCUCCUCUCCUCUCUAUCUAUCUCUCUCUCUCCCCCCUUUCUUUUCUUCUCUCGCUUACCCUCCUCUCCCUCUCCCUCUCUCCCUCCCUCUCCGUCCCCCCCUCCCUCUUUCUCUCUCAUUUCCCUCCUCCUGAGAUUUUGGCCACACCCAGCAGUGCUCCUGGCUCUGCACUCGGGUAUCACUCCUGGCAAAGCCCAGUGGGGGGGACCAUAGGGAGUGUGAGGGAUCUAACCCACUUCGGUUAUGUACAAGGCAAAUACCGUACCCACCACACUAUCUCUCUACCUUUCUCCGAGGUCAUGAAGAGGUCCCUGCCCCUCUCUGAGCCUCUGUUUCCCCACCUGCACAAUCUGGGUGAUGAAGCUCGUAGUAAGGGCUUGGGUGGCUAAUGAGCGGGUUGCCCAGAGUCCUCUGCCAUGGAGAGGACAGAGCAGCUGCGAGCAAGGAGCCCCGCGCCAUCCGGAGGGCAUGCAGAGAAGGAGGAUGUGUGGAGUUGGGGCUCAGAGAACGGAGAGAUGAGAGGUGCAUGCAGGAGGGUUAUGGAGGAAGAGAAGAGGGAGAGAGGAACAGAAAUUGGGGGCUCCCAGCUCAGAGACUCCUGGGGGCUUGGCAGCCCGUUCACUCACUGCCAUGGCCUGCGACCCCUCGUGAGUGAGUCAUGGUUUCUGGGUUGGAGAGUCCGGUAGAGGAGCACUGAAUGUAACAAAGUGAUCUAAGACGGGGCUGCAGAAAGGGAGGGCAGAGUGGACCAGCCCUGCCAAGUGGAAGGAGGGCAAAAGGAAGUGGUGGGCAUUCCAGAAGGAGGAGAAGACACAAUAAUGAUGGGAAGGCAGAGGCCUGGGGCUGCCCUGGGGGGCUCCAAUGAGUGGGGCAGGAGCGGAGAUGAGCAGGAGAAGAAUUUCUCCCCUUCCCCACUUCCCUCCAGCCCCUAAGACGCCCCUAAGAGCCCUUUGCAGGCCGGAGUGACUCAUCGCUCUCGCCACCUGGUGGGCAAUUGGAGUACUGCAGCAGGGUGGCCUCAGGCAUUGUAGCCGAGACACCAGACAGUCCGCAGCUCCAUUUAGGGCCAGUACAAGGGACAGGAGAGGGUAACCCCAGCGACAGCCUGUGGCUCAUCACGACCCUGGUUCUGGUCCCCGCUGUGACCCUGGGUUGGACUGUCCCUAGCCAUGCACUAAGCUCACUCCCAUCCUGGAGUCCAGAAGACGCAGGUGGGCAGAUCCUGGGACACGAGGACAAGGACCCUCCUGGCACAGAGAUGCCACCCCAGCCUGUUUCCGCCUAGCAGAGGCCCCCGGGGCUCCAUUCCUGCUACCUCAGGGCAUAGCACUACCUUUCCGGCAGUGCCCACAUGUGGUGUCCAGGUCUCAAGGGAGCAUAAGGUGCCCCGAAUCCAAGUGAGGAGAUGCAGGGACCCCUGGCACCAGAAGCCCGGGGGAGGUGUCUCAAAUGACACCAAGGGCAUGCAGAGGGUGAAGGCUGGGGGCCUAGAGGGGCCCCAGGAAGAGGCUCGGCUUGGCUGCUGCCCACCCCUCAGGUGAAGGCACGGGAAGAGGCAGUUUUGAGGCGAUGAGGAGCACGUUUGGGACAUGCUGAACAUGAGGCACUCGAGGCUCCUGGGCAAGUGGGAUUGAAGGUGGUAAAGCCCAGGCAAGGGGUCAGGGAGACCAGGGCCACCCCACAGGGGGCUGAGCAGGGACCCUGCACCCAGGCGGCCCCUGCUGGCAUGCCGGCCUCAGAUGGCAUAAGGAGUGGCGGCGGGGGACCUCCAUUUCCACCGCUCGCCCGGUCUGCUCUAGGGGAGCAGUGAGCCUGCCCGGCCCCCCAGGGGGAACAGGAACUGCUUUCCCUUCUGGGGGGGGGCGGCCCACAGCUGGCAGUCAUUAAACACCCUGCAGAGGCCACAGCAGGGAUAUUAAUAGGCACAAGUUGAUGGCCUUUGGAGACUUCCUCCAAGAGGGACAGGACCUCAGCAGGCCACGGGGACGAGGAGGACCACAAUGCCCCGGCUCCAGCCCAGGACAGAUGGGCCGAUCAGAGUCCAGAGAAGAGAAAGGACUUGCCUAGAAUGUGCAGCAGGUCAUCGGCAUGCUGGCCCUGACUUCUCAAAACCCCCGAGUCCUGCUACCUGGGACGUAUCGGCAAAGGCGAGAGUCACUGGAAGUGGCCCGUGGGGACACAAAAGAGCACGCACAGCUACAAUGUCUGCUCUUUCUCUAAUUUUAUGACGCAAAACAAGAAAUGCGUUAUUCUCUAAAUAAAAAAAAUAGUUUUAUUUAGAGGCAGGAGAGAGAAAAAAAAACAUAGAUUUGUCCAGAGGAAAGAGAACCCAAGACCCAUCUCAGACUGAGGCGCACGUGACACCCAGGAAUGGAGACUCCCAACGCUGACGCUUUCAUCUAUAUAAAUGUUUUGAUGUUGUGUUCAUUACGUAUUUUUCUGCAUUUGUUUUGACUUAAUCUUGCAUUAAAAUUCAUAUCUCCUGA